UGGUGCUGAUGUUCUUCUUGAUGGGGACAGCGCUUUCGCAGCUUCAGCUGUAUCCGACCUACGCACACUUCCGGAGCACGCAAGGGCCAUUGCUAAGGCUUUGCCUGCAUUAGUGCGAAAAAUGUCAAGUUCUGUUGGCGAGAAGGCGGGUAGAAUGAUAUGGAUCGAUUGCGAAAUGACUGGACUAGAUUUUGAGAAACAAACGCUGGUUGAGAUAGCUACUAUAGUCACAGACAAGGAUCUUAAGAUUAUUGCGGAAGGUCCAGACAUAGUAAUACAUCAGUCAGAAAAGGUGCUAGACAGAAUGGAGGAGUGGCCAAGAGAAACGUUUACCAAAAAUGGGUUACUGAAGCGGAUUCGAGAAAGUACCGUAUCUCUCUCAGAGGCAGAAGAUAUGGUAGGUUGGUUCUCU